AGAUAGUACUUCCUCUAGAAACAUUUACAGAUCUAUUCUACCGCUUUAAUAUAAAUUAGUUAAUUCAAAUCACAAUGGAUUUCCGCGACUUGCUACUUAUCAUAUUAGCAAUUUUCAGUAUGUAAUAUCUUAAAGUUGCAGCAAAUCACAGUAUGACUAACCAAAAAAAACCUCAAGUUCCUCCAAUUCCCGUAAUUAUUAAAAAGGGAUGCACAGGUGCAGUUUUCAUUAAUAUUUUAUUAUGGCUAUUACUAGGGUUAUUUGGUAUAAUUCAUGCUGUAUACGUGAUUGCAAGUAACCCAUAUGUAAAGCCUGAUGUUGUUUCAGUUGCUCCUUCAUACCAUGGAAGUUAUAGUGAUCAUUCUUAUAAGAGUGGGAGUUAUAGCAGUGGACAUUCUCAUCCAGGAUACAAUCAUCUACAAGGUCCUCAACCAGGAUAUAACCCACCUCAACCAAGUUCUAAUCUACAUCCAGCAGUUUAUCCUCCCCACAGUCCUCCUGGCUAUAAUUCUCCUCCUAAACAGUAACAUGGGUAUGAUGGAUCUGUUGAAUCAAAAAAAGAGAAGAUCAGUAUAGCGAUCUCAUGUUUCUCUCUACCUCCUACAACAGCAAGUUCUUGAAUAUUUUUUUUUUUCAUUUUUUUUUCUUUGACAUAGCUAGGUUAAAUGAGUUUUCAUAAUUAGUAAAAAACAAAUAUUGACAAUUAUAUUCUAUACUG